UUAAGUCAAAAGAAGGAUAUUGCAUUAUGGUUGUGGGAGCCUUUCCUCUGGCGAAACUAUCAAUGCUUGCCAUGAAGCAUAUUAGCAAACCCAUUGGCAAUCUCAUCAAGCGAACAGCUCAAAAGAAUAAAUCAUUUAAAACCAUGGUUGUCACUCCUCCCGCAAGAUUAUACCACGUUAUCGAUGUGCGGUCCAAAAUGUGGAUGCUGGGACUGGGACAACCUCGUAUAAUUCCCCCCUUAACGGACGCCAUGACCAUUCAAAUGGGCAGUGAUAUCUUAGGCGAGUUAGUCCUAUUUUUAAUUGGCGCUUCCCUUAUCAUAGGAGAGUUUUUACGACAGGCAAAGAAAGACAGAUUAAAGAACGAAAAACACAAGAUUAAUAGAGAACAACUGGAGCAAAGAAUUAGUGACCUUACCAGCAAGGUCUCCCGGCAGACCAAUGAAAUUAAACAUCUAAAGGGGAUGCUGGGACGCAAAGAUUUGUAUGAAGGGUAUAACGACUCGAAAUGUAACUAA